GCCCGGCCCGGCAGUCUCUAGUCAGCCCGCGGCGCGUCCACACCGCGUCUGAGAGAGAACCCCGCGCGCAUAGCGGCGGCCUGCAGACAGAGCUCACCCAGCUGGUCCGGUCCCACCCUCGAGCUCUAUUUGUUUUUCUAUUUCGUGUUCUUUCGGUCCCGUGAUAUUAUUUGAAGUCCUGUGCGCGUUCUCAAAAGAGAUAACGAAAAAAAAUCACACAAACAGUGACGAAGAAUUCGCCGCAGGGGUCACGAAUCCUGGAAUAACGACAUGUGACACCCUGCAGUGGACAUCUUAGUUGUUAAGUGAUAUAUAUAUAUAUAUAUAUAGUGAGUGUCAAGUGCGUGUGGCGGGCAACUCGAAGCACCGCGAAAACAAGUGUCGGACCCUUCCAAAACCACUACUAGUACUAAGGGUACUACUAGUUCUACAACCACCACCACCGCCAUCGCCAGCACGGCCAUGUCGAGCGUGAGCCGGUCUGGCUCGCCCACCCCCAGCACGGACAGCGACGUCCGAGUCCCCAUGGAGCACGCCGAUGACGGCCUCGGGCUGCCCCUGCCGCUGCCGCUGCCCCUGGGCCAGGCCCUGGGCGCGCCGGGCGGCUGGCACAUCCCGCGGCCCUCCCUGAGCGGCGCCUCGGGCUCGGCCGCGUCCGCCAGCGGCAGCGGCUGCUGCGGCUGCGGCAGGGGCAGCGGCGUCUGCGGCGGCGCCAAAGGCAAGGGGAGCGGCGGCGGCUGCCUGUGCCACGGCAGGCACUCCACGUCCUCCCAGGGCUCCAGCCACUGCUCCAGCUCGUCCAGCAUGGCCAGCAGCAGCAACAACAGCACGCAGAGUGGAUCGUCAGGAGCACUGCUCCUCACAGCUGCCAACCUUGCAGCGCUACGCCUGGAAUCACUACACCCAAACGACAAGCUCGGAAAGCCGCUCGACACGUUGUCAGUGGCGUCGUCAACCCACUUCACAGUUGUUAAUGGAAUAACUAGACGUACUGAAAAACCUCUCCCCAAGUGCUGCUGCAGGUCCCACCGCCUCACGGCACUUGUACUCUCCAUGUCAUGCAUCAUCUCCCUUGGAAUCUUUGGCGCGGUAUUUUACAUGGAGAUGCGAGCGAGAAGUCUUCAAGUCAUGUAGAGACCUUCUACUCUUAAGAGGAACAACAGCUCAUAUCCCAGUGUUAAAAUUGCAUCAAAAAUUAUGUGCUAAGAAAAGGACUUUUAGUACCUUACUGCUCCUCUUUAAAUUGUGAUCAAGACAUGACAUCUACAUCACUAGUAUUAUGAAACGUUUCCCCUUUUUAAAUACUCAAAGAACAUAUUCUAAGUUAUAUAUUGUUAUUUAUUGUCACUGAAUAUAGCAGAGGAGAGCUAAAUUAUGAAUCAGCUCCAGUACUCUAUAGUAUUGUAUUAGAUAAUUUUAAGAUUUCUUGUGCUUUGAUAUGAAAAUGCAAGCUGCCUAAAUCUCCUUGCAACUUACCUUUACAAAACCACCUAUUCUGGUUUUGCAAAAGUAAGGUGAAGUGAGAGCCACAAAGAAAAAUUAUAGAAAUAUAAGAGAGUUUCAGAUAAAUAUUUGGAGGAAUAAUAAAAAGGGAAAAAGUGAACUAGAGAUUCAAUAGAAUAAGCAAAAGCUGCAAUGUUAAAGAGUAAACAAGUCUCAAAUUCAUUUCUGUCAAACAAACUAGGGGUCAACCGUUGCGUUAUUGAAAGAAACCAAAUAUAAUUUAUGUUCCACUUGUGCCAAGAAAAAGUAUUAAAUUCUGAAAAGAUAUGCAAAUUGUGUUACAAAUUUGAAAGAUAAUACAGUUAAUCAAUGGAGUUUCUACCAGGGUCAGAGACUAAACAGGCAAAAAAUCAAUUCUGACAUGCGCCAAAUAUUUGAGACAAAAACUUACAAAGGGUAAACUGACUCUUUCAAGCAGCAAUCUUGAUAUUCAAAGGUACUGCUAUGCACUACAUAUCAAAAGAAUCCAAGGAAGUAACGAUGAAUGAUAGAUUUCUUUAUAAACUGUGAUAUGGAGGGAAGAUGGCUCUGCUGACUGUAAUGCUUGAUGGCAAAACAUUCAAAUUCAGCAUGGUGAGAAAUUUUGAUAAAUUAAUUAAGUUCAAUGUUUUAAUUGUGAUGAAUGAAAUGUAAUAAUCUCUGCUGUUGAAGAUAUGGCAGCUUAAAAUAGUUGAAAGUUUUGAGAGGCUGAGCUUCCUUUUCUCCUGAUACCAGCCAUUUAAUUUACUAGUGUGUGACUUUGUGUGAAUGUGUAUGUGUGAAAAUUUUAAAAGUUUGAGAAUAAAUUAUCUAUAUUCAAUGAAGGAUUAAAAUCCUCAAGAAAGGCGAUUCAGAUAAACCUCUAAGAGAUUUAGACAUUUGAUAUCGCGUCUCCCUAUAUUUGAAUACCAAACUAGAUCAAAACAAAUACAUCAUUCUAACUGUGGAAGGAUGUCAAAGGUUUGAAACAGAUACUGAGUUACAGUACAACAAGCUUCAUCCAGAUGAAAAAAAGUACUUCUUUUCCAAAAAAACACAUUGGUUGUAAAAUUACUGUGGAAUACCAUUAUUUUCUCAUGCAUGAUCACAAGAAGCUGAUUAUCUCCAUGGCAAUAAGAGAAUAGUUUCAGCUUCACAAGUCAAUAUUAUUUAUCAUGUAUUCUGAUUUUUAUUAUACUCUAUGAUACUUGCAAUAAAGUGUUUCGAGUUGUGA